CUGGGAACACUCACAACAGAGGCCGACUUGAAAUCUUCUUUGAUGGGGAAUGGGGCACCAUUUGUGGCAACUCCUGGGGACUCAAUGAAUCUCAGGUGGCUUGUUGGCAGAUGGGUUUCCCUGGUGCCAUCAGGGCAAUUCAAAGAAAACCGUACGGAAAUGCAACUGGACCGAUACAUCUUGGCAGUGUUAGAUGUACUGGCCUGGAGGAGAGCUUGGAUAGCUGUCAGCACGCUGGGAUUGGAGUUCAUAAUUGUUCUCAUGGUCAAGACAUUGGCAUUGAUUGUAAAUCAGCGCGUUUAGUGGAUGGUUUGAGUUCAAGCGAAGGACGUGUGGAAGUGUACAAUGGUAAUGCUUGGGGAACAAUCUGCCUCGAUGACUGGGACCUGCUUGACGCAUCAGUCAUCUGUCGACAAUUCGGUUUCGAGCAAGCAGUUCAAGCAGCGGAAUUCACCGUUCCGGUCGAUGGACAGGAGAUACUCAUGACUGAUCUUGAGUGUGUGGGUAAUGAAACAACAGUGUUUGAAUGUCAGCACACUGAACCCGAAGAUGUCCGUUGUCGACAUCAAAAUGUUGCAGGAGUAAAAUGUGCUAAUGUACGUCUAGUUGAUAGCAGUAAAGGUAACGAAGGUCGGCUUGAAGUCUUCCUUGACGGUGAAUGGGGCGUGGUUUGUAGCAAUUCGUGGGGACUAAACGAAUCUGAGGUGGCUUGCCGACAGCUGGGAUUCCCUACUGCCAUCAAGGUUACACAAGGGAAGUUUUCUGGAAACGGAAGUUCACCGAUUCACUUGUACAGUGUCAAGUGCCGUGGCGUUGAGCGUGACCUGGAGAGUUGCCAGCGUGAAGUUGGAAAAAACGAUGAUUGUACUUAUAAAACCGUAGACGUUGUGUGUGCCAAACGAGUUCAUUUGGUAAAUGCAAUUAGCUCUAACGAAGGUCGAGUGGAAGUAUUCCUCAACGGAUCCUGGAGGAUGGUCUGUGGUGACGGCUGGGACAUACAAGACGCCACAGUCAUAUGCCGGGAACUAGGGUUCGGGGAAGCUUUGUCUACAAUUGCUACCAUUGAUAGAGGUGUCAAGCGCGAAGUCUUAGCGGCGUUUAACCUGAGGUGUGCAGGUGACGAGAAGGCGGUGAUUGAUUGCCGAUAUGACGCCACAAGUGACUGCUCGCUUGAGGAAGUUGCCGAAGUCAGAUGUGCUUCCGAAUGCGUGCUUCACCGAGACUCCUCCAAUGUCGUAAUGCUGAUAUCAGAUGAGCAGGCUGCCUACCUUCCUGGUGACUCAGUUGAAUACGCCUGUCCAGAUGGAUAUCAUCUCAGUGGGUCCUCAGAAAGGCUGUGUCGGUCAGAUUUCACGUGGUCUGGGGUUCCGGCUGUUUGCCAUGAAGAUUUUCUCUAUUGA